UUGUUAAAUUAAAUUGGCUAAUUUGUUCAAUUGUUAACGUUACUGCACUAGGCUAAACGCUAAUGCUAACUAUCUAGCUUGCUAACAUCGCGACCAUGUGCUCACUAAGCUAUUCGGAGAAAGAAGCUCUAGGGCUGAACAUCAUCGUAAAAGAAGAAGAGGAAGAAGCUUUAAGAAUAAAAAAUGAAGAAGAGGAGACUGUCACAUUAGAAGAAGAAGAGGUGGAUAUUACAGUGAAAGAAGAGAAAGAACCUUUUGGAGUAAAAGAGGAAGAGGAGGCUUUCUCAAUUAAAGAGGAGGAUGAGGAGGAGACUGAAGAUCCUGUUAACACCAGAGAGAGACAUGACUAUGGUGGAUCCUCUGGGGAGCCUCAACAACAUCCUGAUGCUGACGAGGCAGAGAAGAGUCUCUCCAGAUCAGAACACCAGAUGGACAACGCUAGCCCUUCCUCCCUCCCGCAGUCCCCGUGUCAUUCCUCUCCUGGUAGCACCUUACUGCGAGAGGAGAAGAAGAAGAAAGGAUCAGUUUUGACACAUCAAAGAGAAAGACCAGACUCUGAGGAACCAGAGGAAGAAAUGUCCAAACCAGCAAGACCAUACCACUGCUCCCAGUGUGCAAAGAGUUUUACCCAGUUCGGGACCAUGAAAAGACACGAGAGGACACACACAGGUGAUAAACCUUACCACUGCUCCCAGUGUGGAAAGAGUUUUACUGAGAUGGGGUCCCUGAAAAAGCACAAGAGAAUACAUCCAGGAGAAAAGCCAUACCACUGCUCCCAGUGUGGAAAGAGUUUUAACCAGUCAAGGGACCUGAAAGAUCAUAAGAGAAUACAUACAGGAGAAAAGCGCCACCACUGUUCCCAGUGUGGAAAGAGUUUUACUCAGUUAGGGAGUCUGAAAAGUCAUAAGCGAAUACACUCUGGAGAGAAGCCUUAUCACUGCUCCAAAUGUGGAAUUGCUUUUUCAGAGUUAAAGACCUUGAAAAGGCAUGAGAGCAUACACACAGGUGAGAAGCCUUACCACUGUACCUACUGUGGAAAGAGUUUUAGACGAUCGGAAUAUCUGAAAUUACACGAGAGAAUACACACAGGAGAAAAGCCUUACCACUGUUCCCAGUGUGGAAUGAGUUUUAGGCAGUUAAGGGACCUCAAAGAUCAUAUGCAAAUGCACUCUGGAGAGAAGUCUAGCACAUGUUCACAUUGUGGAAAGAGUUUUCUGAGUUUAAGAACUCUGAAAUUCCAUGAGCAUAUACACACAUACAAAAAGGAAAAGUACCAAUGUUCCUCGUGUGGAAAGUGGUUUACCCAGUUAGAAGCCCUGAUUAUGCAUGACAGGAAACACACAGGAGGGGAUAAGACCUACCACUGCUCCCAGUGUGGAAAAAGAUUUAAUUGGUUAAGGCAGCUGAAUAAGCAUGAAAGAAUACAUACACAGGAGGAGAAGACAUACCACUGCUCUCAGUGUGGAAAGACAUUUUCCCAGUCAGAGGACCUGAAAUCACAUGAGAGAAUAGAGAGGCUGUGUUCUGACUUGUGUUUCUGACUGAUCAUUUGUGUUCUUGUUUCAUGCCACGUGAAAUCAAAUUGUAUGAAACCAGAAAAAAAAGUUUUUACUUUUGUUGUUGUUUCAUUUAGAGACAUGAUCGUGUCUAAAUAUCAGAUUAAAUAUUUAAAAUUGUC